CAAAACGAAUGACUCAUUCAUCUUCUUCUGUAGUCACGGAUUCAUCUUCCUCGGCGAUUUCUAAAUUUUGACGGUGAUCUGACUUCCGACGAUUUAUCUAUUCGUUUGAUCGGUGAAGAAGAGAUCGUUUUCCUUUUAUUUCCCCCGCGCCAUGGUGGAAUCUACGUCGAAUUUGACGCCGACGCAGAGAUACGCUGCCGGCGCAUUGUUCGCGAUCGCGCUAAACCAAGCGCAAAUCAACCAGACUCAGCCGCUGGGGAUCCCCGCGGCGUUAGAAGACGACGACGACAAAGAGUGUGACCGUUCGGAGGAGCGAAGAAGCAAUUGCAGUAGCGGAGAUUCCGUCUCCGAUGACCCUAACCUCUGGGUACACGAGACGUCAGGUCUCCUACGACCUGUUUUCAGAUGUCUGGAUAUUGAUUCCUCGGCUUGGCUUGGUCUCGAGGAAACAGCUAACUCUUCUCCGGCGAAGCACCACAUCGGUGCGUUCACGAGGCUACUCUCAGAGGAAGCGAGUGAUGAUGCUUCCGUCGAAAUGGUGGAGCAAGAGAUGGCUUUAGCUAAAGCUGCUGAUGCUAUGGUGCAUAGCAUCCGGAGUUCUCUGUCUAUAGAUGCUAAGAAGGAGAAGCAUCAGGAAUACGAAAACGAAUGCCGUGAGAAAUACGCUGUUCCCGAGGUUAAAUCUAAAGCUGUGGAGAAGGAUAAGGUGAAGGAGGAUUCGGAUGCUGCUUCUGAGAGAGAGAGUCUUGAAGCGGGUGUUGUUAUUAGAGAUGGAAGCCACGUGCCUGAAGUUGUUGAAGAUGAUAAAUCUGUUGAGGAAGUAACGUUGCUUAGCCAUCAGAGGAAGAUCAAUGUUUUGUAUGAGCUGCUUUCUGCUUGCUUGUCGGAUAAAUACCAAGAGGUUAAGAAAUGUACUCGCCGUAGAAAAGGAUAUGAUGCUCGUCACCGCGUCGCUCUCCGUUUACUCGCGACCUGGUUUAACAUUGAGUGGAUUAAAGUGGAAGCAAUUGAGACAAUGGUGGCAUGCUCUGCCAUGGCCCUUCAGAAAUCUGGUGAAUUAAAGAAUGAGGAUGCUGCAUCUUCUUCAAGUACAUGGGCUAAGUGGAAGCGUGGAGGCAUCAUUGGUGCCGCUGCGAUAACAGGGGGCACUUUGAUGGCCAUCACUGGCGGAUUGGCUGCUCCAGCUAUUGCCGCAGGGUUUGGUGCAUUAGCACCAACACUGGGCACACUGGUGCCGGUGAUUGGAGCUGGUGGGUUUGCUGCUGCUGCUAGUGCUGCUGGAACUGUGGCUGGCUCUGUUGCGGUUGCAGCAUCAUUUGGAGCUGCUGGAGCUGGUCUCACAGGGACUAAGAUGGCAAGGAGGAUUGGGGAUCUUGAGGAGUUCGAAUUCAAAGCUAUUGGCGAAAAUCAUAAUCAAGGACGGCUAGCAGUGGAAGUCUUGGUUGCUGGUGUUGUUUUUGAAGAAGAAGAUUUUGUGAAACCAUGGCAAGGGUUAACUAGCAGUUUGGAGAGGUACACGCUGCAAUGGGAGUCCAAGAAUCUUAUCUUAGUGAGUACUGCAAUUCAGGAUUGGCUUACUUCAAGAUUGGCCAUGGAAUUGAUGAAACAAGGAGCAAUGCACACUGUUCUGAGCUCUCUUUUAUUGGCAUUGGCAUGGCCAGCGACAAUCUUAGUAGCUGCAGAUUUCAUAGAUAGCAAAUGGAGUAUUGCUAUUGAUAGGUCGGAUAAAGCGGGAAAACUUCUAGCCGAAGUGCUUCAAAAAGGCUUGCAAGGAAAUAGACCCAUCACACUCGUGGGAUUCUCGCUUGGUGCGCGGGUCAUCUUCAAAUGCCUUCAGACUCUGGCCGAGACAGAACAAAACGCCGAACUUGUGGAAAGAGUUGUUAUUCUUGGAGCACCCAUUUCAAUCAAUAACGAAAACUGGCGAGACGUAAGGAAGAUGGUAGCUGGAAGAUUCAUCAACGUAUAUGCAACAAAUGAUUGGACCCUCGGUGUUGCAUUUCGCGCAAGUCUAUUAUCUCAAGGAUUAGCCGGAAUCCAACCAAUUUGCAUCCCUGGAAUCGAAAAUGUGGAUGUAACCGAUAUGGUGGAAGGUCACUCUUCAUAUCUAUGGAAGACUCAGCAAAUUCUAGAGAGGCUCGAAAUCGACACUUAUUACCCUGUUUUUCGAGACACUCUCUAAACGACUACACCAGAUUAGAUACGUUUCACAUUUGCACCAAACUUUACAUGUUUGUUUGUAACAUUCGUCGACAGCUUCUGUUUUUGUAAUUAUUUCUAUGAAACGUUUUAAAUCCACCGUCUUGCGUUGAACGGUUCUUGUUUCCUUUUUAUAGAAAAGGCGAACUGAAAAUUGGAUUCUCUGAUGAUGAUUGUUUUGUAAUUAUCUUUAUGAAACGUUUUUGUCAAA